AUGGAAGAAAUCGUCGGCAGAUUCGUUACACGCGUACAGCAAUGCGAGAAGCACAUCAAGCUCGUGCUCGCGGACCUGAGCAACAUCAAAUUGCAGCAUGAUGAACUCCUAGGGCAACACAAAGCGGCGCUUCAGUCUACGGAGGAAGAACUCGUUGAUCAGAGACCUGCGACGGGGGAAGAAACUGCGGCGAAAGACGAGCCAAAGAAGGAAGCCAACUCUCGGAAGGAAAAGAUCAAACAGCUCCCAAGAGGACGUAGCAUCCAAAAAAAGAUAGACCGCUCUCAGCAAGAAAACAUCGAACAGCUUGACAAAAAGGACGGGGACCAGGAGAACGAGAUCCAGAGACUGGCAGACACAGUAGCAUCUGACAACGAGUCGAUUGCACAGCUGAAAGAUGAAGUCAAAAAGGAGAAGCAGAACGCCAAAUCGGCUGCGGCUGUGCAGGAUGUGAAGGUUGAAUCUGUGAAGAACAACCUCGCCGAUCAGAAACGUGCAACAGAGAAGGAAGGCACAACGAAGAAUGGGGCCAUAGAGGGGGCCUCCACUCACAAAAAAAGAGGCGAGCCGCUUGACAAGACGUCCAUGAAGCAGAACGAGAAGAUCACAGGACUCGAUGAAACGACAACAAGCAAGAAUGAGUCCAUUACUCGGUCGAAGAAAGCUCUCGAGCAGGAGAAAGAAAGCGCCACAGCUAAACAGCAAGAUGCGACAGAGGCGCAGCAGCCAGGAACUCCACCUCCAAGACCACCACAAACAUCGGAUUCUGUCAAUGUCGAACUCCGCCAAGCGCGGUUGAACAGUCUCAACCUAACAUCAACAAAGGGCUCAACUAUUUCUCAAUCUCUCCGAAAGGCUCUUGUUCACAGUGACAAGCAGAGGGCAUCGUGUUUGCUAGCCGCAGACGCGCAAGUCGGAGCCCCUGCGCUGCACAUGGCGGCACUGUUUGGCGAUGUCGAGCUCGCAAAGUUCUUGAUCGCUCGUGGCGCUGCGGUGAACGAACCUUGCGAUGCUCACAGUGAGAAGCAGGGCAGGUUUGUGCAUGGCGUAACUCCUAUGCAUCUGGCCAUCGCGACGCAGAAUGAAAAAAUGAUACGCUACUUGCACCAUACAGGUGGAAAAUUCACACGGCUUCACCUCAGACAUCAAAGGACAACAGCGCCGCCGCUGUGGCUCGUCAGCGGUAGAUGGUUGAAUAUAUUCGGAGAGGACACUGCAAAAGUGGUAGGUGUCCUGAAGCUGCUGAAGGAUUUAGGGUGGAAUAAGGAAGACAAACUGAAUAGAAAACACGAGAACAUGCGAGCGAUCGUGCAGAGAGAGCUCAAAGGGAGGACUGUCCUUCAGAAGGCCGUUCUUGCGGAGCUGUAG